AUGCUGCUCGAUACGGUAGUCGAGCACCUGCCCUCGGUCCUCCGGACCCUCCUCUUCGCCAUCCCCCUCCUCAAGUAUGGCCCCGUGGUGCGCCUCGGCCCGCGCCACCUCUCCUACACCGACCCGCGCGCGUGGAAGGACAUCUUUGGCCACCGCGCGGGGGACCAUAUCUCGCUGAAGGAGAACCCCAAGAGUGAUAUGUUUUAUAGGCGCCAGCUGAUUGAUCGCGAUGGCAUGGAUGCGCCGAAUAUUUUGGAUGCUGAUCGCGAGGAGCAUGGGAGGUUGAGGAGGGCGGUCGCGGCGGGUUUCAGUGAUCGGUCGAUGAGGGAGCAUGAGGGGGUGAUUGUGAGGUGUGUGAACCAGUUGAUGAGGGGGUUGCACAGGCGGACGGAGAUGGGCGAGGAGGUCGAUAUGGUCAAGUGGUAUAACUGGACCACGUUUGAUGUUAUCGGGGAUCUGGUCUUUGCAGAGUCGUUUGGCUGUCUCGAGGACGAGAAGACCCAUCCGUUUGUCGACAUGGUUACUGGUUCGACCUCCGAGGCGGCUGCGUUCGUGGCGAUGAAGUAUGCCGGGUUGGGGAAGGUUCCUGGGUUCAAGUGGGCGCUGAACAAGGUCAUCAAGUUCGCUGCUUGGGACUCGUUCAAGCAGAUGAUGAUCAUGAUGUCGAACAAGCUGCAGCAUCGGUUGGAUAUGGGGCAGGAACGGAAUGACUUGUUCGAGGGGCUGAUGAGCAAGCGCGAGGAAUGGAACCUCGAUCUCCAACGCCUGCAAUCCAACGCCACUAUCAUCGCCGCUGCCGGAUCCGAGACGACAGCUAGUUUGCUGGCGGGCGUCACCUUCCACCUUCUGAAGAACCCUGACAAGCUCAAGAAGCUGAACGACGAGGUACGGUCCGCGUUCAAAACCUCCGACGACAUCACCAUCGCCGCAGUUAACCGGCUGCCCUACCUGCUGGCCUGCCUCAACGAGGGGCUGCGCCGUUACCCCCCCGGCCGUGGUGAGAUGAUCGCGGGCGAGUGGGUUAGCGAGAACACCAUCGUCGAGAUCCAGCAGUACGCCAUCAACCACAACUCCCAGCACUGGAGCGACCCCUUCGCCUUCAAGCCAGAGCGGUGGUUGAACAAGAUCGACGCCGACCUCGGGGAAGCUAAGGAGCGGGACGAGAAGGAUAUCGACGGAGACCGGCUCGAGGCCAUGCAGACGUUCAGCGUUGGGCCGAGGAACUGCGUCGGGAGGAACCUCGCCUAUGCCGAGAUGAGACUUGUCAUGGCGCGUAUGGUGUAUGAUUUCGACAUGGAGCUCGCAGAGCGGAGCAACAACUGGCUGAAGGAGGCCAGGGUGUACACCAUCUGGAAGAAGACGGAGCUCUUCCUUCGCCUCACGCCUGUAAAGAGGUAA